CAUCUCAGUCGCUCUCUUCUCUGCUAUACAUAAUAGCAGCUUCAUCGCCCUUCCCUCCUCGAUUCACCACCCUCCUCGAUUUACCUCCACUCCACAGCUUCGACAUCUCCCUCGUCAAUUCCCUUCUCCUCCCUGGUGGAAUCCAAUCCGAUGCGGCGGCCACCAUCGGCACCACCACCAUUGCCAGCCCAAGUGGCGGCCUCGUGAGAGGUUGGCAGCGAGCCAAGCCUAGGAGACGGCAUCGGUAUAUCUCGGAAUGUGCUGCCUCCCAACACCCCCGGCCACCGCCUAUAAAGCCAUCGCCAUGGCUCCCCCUCCCCACCCCCGCCAGAGCUAGCUAGGGAUCGAUCUCAUCUCUCACUCGCCCGCUCGUCUCCCACCGAGCUCCAUCGCCGGCGCCGGCGAGACCCACCAGCAGCUAGCCACAUGGUGAAGUUCUCGAAGCAGUUCGAGGGGCAGCUCGUCCCCGAGUGGAAGCACGCCUUCGUGGACUACUGCCUGCUCAAGAAGGACCUCAAGAGGGUGCAGCACGCCCUGCUGCUCAUCGGCCGUUGCGAGGCGGCGGCGGCAGGCCUAACCGCCGCCGCACAGCAGCAGCAGACAAGCGAUGACCGGCACGCGGAACGUGUUGUUGCUUCCCUGUCCCAAUGGCUCCAUGCUGCCGGUCUCUUUGGCUCCUCCAGCACGCCCAAGGAUCACGGAGUCAUACACGUGCACCGCCGGAAGCUGGCGGGGCCGGCGGCGAGCAGAGGCGGCGGGGACGAGUACGAGACGGAGCUGCUGGAGCCACUGGCGGCCGCCGACGACAACGAGGCGGCGGCGACGCGGGAGUUCUUCGCGCGGCUGGACGCGCAGCUCAACAAGGUGAACCGGUUCUACAAGGGCAAGGAGGAGGAGUUCCUGGAGCGGGGCCGGUCGCUGCGGAAGCAGAUGGACAUCCUCGCCGACCUCAAGGCCGCCGCCAGGGAGGACACCACCACCAAUCCCUCCGACUCCUCCGUCGCCUCCGGCGGCUGCUCCGAGGAUGAGUCCACACGGUACGCGAUGACGUCUGAGACAGACACGGACCAGCUGAGCGAGCAGGAGGCCACCACACCGACCAAGGACCCCGGCGUCACGGCUCAAGAAGACCGGCAGAUGGAUCUAGACGGUUCUGGAACCUUCGGGAGGUCGGCGAGCGGCUGCGGGAGGAAGAGCCUCAAGAUCAACAUCCCCCUGACCAACCCCUCCCGGACGAUCGCCGCGCUGGCGGACAUCCUGCGGGACGAGCUCGCCGCCCAGUCCGGCUCCAAGAAAUGCAACCCCGACGGCGGCAUGGGGAAGCACGGCGUCAGCAAGACGAAGCUCCGGCACGCGGAGAAGAUGAUCAGGGGCGGCUUCGUCGAGCUCUACAAGGGCCUCGGCUACCUCGCCACCUACCGGAACCUGAACAUGAUGGCGUUCGUGAAGAUCCUGAAGAAGUUCGAGAAGAUCAGCGGGAAGCAGGUGCUCUCCGUGUACCUCAAGGUGGUGGAGAGCUCCUACUUCAACAGCUCUGACGAGGCGCUGAAGCUGAUGGACGAGGUGGAGGAGAUCUUCGUCCGGCACUUCGCCGGCGGCAACCGGCGCAAGGCCAUGAGGUACCUCAAGCCGGCGCAGCGGAAGGAGUCCCACUCCGUCACCUUCUUCACGGGCCUCGCCACCGGCUGCUUCGCCGCGCUCUUCGUGGGCUACUGCGUCAUGGCGCACAUGGCCGGGCUCUACCUCUACACCUCGACUCCACGCGGGCGCGGCGGCGGCGAGGCGGCGCGCUACAUGGAGACGGCGUACCCGGUGCUGAGCAUGUUCACGCUGCUGUUCCUGCACCUGCUCCUGUACGGCUGCAACAUGGUGGCGUGGCGCCGGUGCCGCGUCAACUACGGCUUCAUCUUCGCGUCGUCGCCCGCCGCUGCCGGCGGGGAGCUCCGGCCCCGGGACGUCUUCCUCACCUGCGCCGCGUCCAUGGCCGCUGUCGCCGGAGCCAUGUUCGCGCACCUCGCGCUCGUGCUCAGGGGAUACCACGCGUCGCCGCACGUCCAGGCCAUCCCCGGAUUCUUGCUCCUGGUGUUCCUGCUCCUUCUGUUCUGCCCUCUCAACGUCGCGUACCGUUCGAGUCGGUUUCGGUUCCUCAGGAUUAUGAGGAACAUCAUCCUGUCACCACUCUACAAGGUUGUGAUGGUAGACUUCUUCAUGGCCGAUCAGCUAUGCAGCCAGGUGCCUAUGCUAAGGAGCCUGGAGUACUUGGCCUGCUACUACAUCAGCGGGAGCUACAUGACGCAGGAUCACGGCUACUGCAUCAACACCAAGCAGAUCAGAGACCUGGCCUACGCCGUCUCCUUCCUGCCCUACUACUGGAGAGCCAUGCAGUGCGCGAGGCGGUGGUUUGACGAGUGGGACACGAGCCACCUGGUGAACCUGGGCAAGUACGUCUCGGCGAUGCUCGCGGCCGGCGCCAAGGUGGCGUACGAGAAGGACAAGGGCCUGGCGUCGCUGUCGCUGCUCGUCGCCGUGUCGAGCACCGCCACGGUGUACCAGCUCUACUGGGACUUCGUCAAGGACUGGGGCCUGCUCCAGCCCAACUCCAAGAACCCCUGGCUCAGGAACGACCUCAUUCUCAAGAGGAAAUCCGUAUACUACUUGUCAAUGGGACUGAACCUCGUGCUGAGGCUUGCCUGGCUGCAGACCGUGAUCCAUCCAAAUUUUGGGAGCUUGGAUUCUAGGGUCACUUCCUUCUUCCUAGCGGCCCUCGAGGUGAUCCGGAGAGGUCAUUGGAACUUCUACCGGUUGGAGAAUGAGCAUCUGAACAAUGCGGGCAAGUUUCGGGCGGUAAAGACGGUUCCACUGCCUUUUCACGAAGUGGACGAGGACUAACGUACUACUGACCAUGGCUAGAUCGAACAAUUGUUUCUUCACCAUUCUGCUGAAUUUUUUUCGUAGUGAAGAACUCGAGAGGCGGAGAAUUGUUGGGAACCUUAGCUGUUUAUGCGCGUAGUAGUUCCUUCAGGAUGCUGAAAAAUCAUUUGUUCGUUCCUAGUAGAUGCGUCAAUGUGUAAAUAAGAAAGGCAUCGCGUUUCGCAGUGUUUUGUCUGA